AAUUUAAUACUCAAUUCAAAUUCACAUCCCACUUCACAAAAGUAUAAAAAUCCCCUCCAAAAAAUAUCAACAAAACAUACAUACAAACAUGUCCAACGUUGUCACCGAUCCUCGCCCCGUUGUCCGAAAAUUCCUGGCUCGGCCUCAGCACGAAGGCGUCGGCGCCACCGUCAGAAGAAGCAUCGGAAGAUUUGAGCUGAAAUACUUCGACCCUUUUCUUGUUCUGGACGAGUUCUCAGUUACUGCUCCUGCUGGAUUUCCUGAUCACCCACAUAGAGGAUUCGAGACCGUCACCUACAUGCUGCAGGGAGCGGUGACACACGAGGACUUUGAGGGGCACAAGGGCACGAUCGAAGCCGGUGACCUACAAUGGAUGACCGCAGGAAGAGGUAUUGUCCACUCAGAAAUGCCUGCAGCAGAGGGAACUCAAAAGGGGUUGCAAUUAUGGAUCAACCUCUCCUCCAAACACAAAAUGAUUGAGCCAAAGUAUCAAGAAAUGAAGAGCACAGAUAUAAAAGAAGCUUCUAGAAACGGUGUCGAAGUGAGAGUGAUUGCAGGGGAAUCAUUGGGUGUGAGGUCAGAGAUAUACACAAGAACUCCCACCAUGUAUCUUGACUUCACACUCAAGCCAGGGGCACACAUUAGGCAGCCAAUACCCCUGUCUUGGAAUGCCUUUGUGUAUGUUUUGGAGGGAGAAGGUGUGUUUGGGAAGGAGAGAUGUUCGGCCGUGUCGGCCCACCACCUGCUCCUCCUUGGGGAGGGCGAUGGCCUCUACGCCUCCAACAAGUCAUCCAAGGCGCUGAGGUUUAUUCUGGUUGGAGGCGAGCCGCUGGGGGAGCCCGUGCGCCAGUAUGGACCCUUUGUGAUGAACACACAAGAACAAAUUGAUCAAACUAUUGAGGAUUAUGAGAAUUGUACUAAUGGAUUUGAGAAGGCUAGGCAGUGGAAGUCUCAAUCCAGUUUUGUAUUUGGUUAUUGAUUACUUUAGUAGUUUGUUAUUGUUAUGAUCAUGUCAUUUUGUUGUUGCACACAUAUAUUCAAUAGUUAAGUGAUAAAGAUCAUUAUGUCGUGUAA